CUUGAAGACAUGAAUAUCGUCGAGUCCUGCUUCUCUGCGGGCCGCUGAGCUGUGUUUGCAGCCUCAAUGGAUCGCCCCUUCUUCAUCGAAUCCCCUCCGCGCCGGCAUCGCCUCGACACCCUCGAUGGGUUUCAAUGCCCCCGAACAAGUUAUCAUGGCCGCUCUCGCCUGCUAGGCUAGCUCUAGUAUGCUGCGACCGGGUUCUCCUUGUAGCUAUCUGCGGCGUGCGUCGGCUGGCCGCAUCGCGCGACCUUCCGAAGCGGCCGCAGCAACACCACACAUCCGACGGUUCUGGGAAUAGCAAUACAGUUGCGCAUGGCGGACCCUUCGAAGGAGUCUUCUAUUGUCUCUGGCGCUUCACAGCUGCUAUUAGGGCUGCGUGCUCGUUAAGGCUCGCGGCGACUCCGCGCAACCUCCGGGCGAGCCUCGCAUACCGGCAGGAAACUGAGAGACUCGGAGCAAUAAUCAGAUAGAUGCCGCAGAUCGAGACACGAGCCGUUGAUCGGCUUGAGCCAUGAAUCCGCAGUCCGAUGGCGGCGCGGUGCCGGCUUCUCAUGGACUUGUCGCUCGCUUCGACGGCGAUAUACGAUCUCACAUCCUCGGAAGCCUCUCGAAGCGACAGCGACAUCGAGCUCAUAC